CUUUGUGGCUCAACUGGGAAGCGGGAUACAAACAUGUCAUCUUUUUUUCUUUUGCUAUGUCUUUUCGCAUCAUCCUAGAGCGGGAAUAUGGGAACGGUUAAAGGCCUUUGGGAACAUACACUUAUGUGUGUAUUUUUUUUUUUUACCAUCAGACUUUUUUUUUUGUUUGUUUUAUCCUCCUUUUCUCCUUGUCUGCUUGGAGCUGCGGUUGCUCUCCAGUCAGCCAUAGAGUCUCUCUUACGGACUUUCGUCAUGGCUGACCAAAAACUCAACGCAAAGCGCUGUUUUGGCGGUCUUUUAUCGUUCAACGGCCAAGGGUGAAAAAACCAAUCACCCACGAGGCAUUGGAGGCGCUACCGGAGAGGCGGAUUUGCAUAUCAGCUAUGGGGUUUAACGGCACACUU